AUGAAAGUCCUACAAGCACUGACGGCCUUGCUGCCACUGGGUGUAUUUGGUGCGAAAAAGGCAGCGACUGGCGACCGUUUCCAGACCUACCACUCGAAACAGCUGUCAGCUGGCGGCCCUGUCAAGAUUGACGACAAGAUCUACGCCGAGCUCACGAAAGGACCUCGCGACUAUUCGAUCACUGUUUUGCUGACAGCAUUGGAGGCCCGCUUCGGCUGCAACCUGUGCAACGAGUUCCAGCCAGAAUGGGAGAUGCUGGGAAAGCAGUGGGCCAAGGGUGAUCGCAACGCUGAAGGCAGGCUGCUUUUCACCACAUUGGAUUUCUUGGAUGGCAAGAACACGUUCCAGAGCCUACAAAUGCAAACGGCACCCGUACUCCUCCUCUUCCCACCAACCACUGGCCCCAAUGCGAAGCCUGAUGGAGCUCCUGUCCGCUUCGACUUUUCGUCUGGCACAAACAAAGCCGAGCCAAUCCACUCCUGGCUCUCCCGCCAACUGCCCUCCAUCCCGCACCCUCAAUUCGUACGCCCCAUCAACUUCCUCAAGAUCGGAGUAGCCAUCACCGCUGUCCUCGGCUUCAUCACCUUUGCCACUGUCGCCGCUCCUUACAUCCUCCCGGUCAUCCAGAACCGCAACCUGUGGGCUGCUGUAAGCUUGAUCGCCGUCUUACUCUUCACGAGCGGACAUAUGUUCAAUCAUAUCCGGAAGGUGCCCUACGUGUCCGGUGACGGGAAGGGUGGUGUGAGUUACUUCGCUGGUGGGUUCCAGAAUCAGUUUGGGUUGGAGACGCAGAUUGUGGCUGCUAUGUAUGGCGUCCUUUCCUUCGCGACUAUCUCCCUGGCUCUGAAGGUCCCUCGCAUGGCCGAUGCUCGUACACAGCAGAUUGCUGUCUUUGUUUGGGGUGGUGUGAUACUCGGGAUGUACUCUUUCCUGCUUAGUGUGUUCAGGAUUAAGAAUGGUGGAUAUCCGUUUUGGCUACCGCCGUUCUAG